AUGAGCUUCACGAACGCGUCAGGCCUGUUGUCUCCUCAGUUCUGGGGCCCAGUCACCGCAACCCUCGAUUGGUGCGAGGCAAACUACCAAUUUUCCCGCUACGUCGCCGAGGCAGCCAACACCUUCUCAAACAUCUUUACCAUCGCUCUCGCCCUCUACGCUGCCAUACAGGCUCGCACCGAGCAACUGCCCCCCCGCUACCUCGUCGGCUACGCGGGUUUCGCGCUCGUUGGCAUCGGUAGCUUCAUUUUCCAUGCUACCCUUCUCUUUGAGGCCCAGCUCGCCGACGAGCUCCCCAUGGUCUACGUCGCGAGCUACUGCUUUGCCAUCCUCUUCGAUAGCGCCCCCGGCUACAGCCUUCGCAACUUUCGCGCCCUCCGCGUCUACCUCGCCAUGAUCGCCUUCAACGUCGUCUUCACCUGGUCAUACUACCUCUACCGCAACCCGGUCUACCACCAGUUAGUGUUCGCCACGCUCCUGCUCGGCAUCAUCGCCCGCACCGUCGUCCUCCUGCGCAACCCUGACAUCUCCCAGCGCGUGCCCCCACAGGCCAAGUCCACGACCGCCCGCCUCUUCCGGUGGGGCGCCGCCACGUUCGCGCUCGGUUUCUUCGUCUGGAACUUGGAUAAUAUCUUCUGCGACACGGUCACGGGAUGGAAGCAUAGUAUCGGCUGGCCCGUGGCAUUCAUAUUGGAAGGUCAUUCGUGGUGGCAUAUCCUGACGGCCACGGGCACGUACCUGAUGCUGAUUGGAAACACCUACUUUACCCUCUGCAUAAAAGAUGACUACCGCAACUUCGUCAUCAAGCCCGUCCUGGGCAUCCCCAGCAUCCAGCGAGUCGCCAAGAGCAAGGCGCAAUAA